ACCUCACUCCCACAAAACAAACGCAUCAAAAAUUCAAACAUUUUUUUUCGAAUGGAGAAAUAUGAACAAUUCGAGAGAGUUUUCAGCCACUUCGACUCGAACAACGACGGCAAAAUAAGCCCCGAGGAGCUGUGCCAGUGCGUGGCCGACAUGGCGGCUGAAGAGGCGGAGGCGGCGGUGGCGCUGAUGGACUCGGACGGGGACGGGUUGUUGAGCUUGGAGGAUUUCGUGAAGAUAGUGGAGGGAGCGGGAGAGGAAGAGAGGCAGAGCGAUUUGAUGGCGGCGUUCAAACUGUACGCACCGGAGGGAAGCUCGUGCAUUACUGCAGAGAGCUUGAAGAGAAUGCUGAGUAGAUUGGGGGAGAGAAGGAGUGUUCACGACUGCAAGAAUAUGAUCGCCACUUUUGAUCUUAAUGGCGAUGGAGUGCUUAAUUUCGACGAGUUUAAGAUUAUGAUGUCGUCUGCUUGUUGAUGGAUCUCAGAUUGUUAGUUUUUUUUAGAUCAGAUUAUUGUUUUCUGAUUGAGUUUGAUUAAUCGGGGAAGCGUUGACUUGGUUUUUCUGAUAGAUAUGCGAAAUCUUGUUUUCCAUUUAGUGCGGAUAUCUGUUUUAACUAAUUAUGUCAAUUAAAUCAAACUGGAUUUGUUUCAUCUUUUCUGGGGAUGACUACUUAUUAAUGAAGUGGAUAUUGUAUUUCAAA